CACCCUUGAAAUACAUAUUUCCUCAUGUCUUUUUUUCUUUCUCUUAUGUAGAAUGUGUUUGCUGCUGGAACAGAAACUAGCGCCGCUAGUGUGAUUUGGGUCAUGACCUUCCUAAUGAAAUAUCCUAGGUGUUUGAAGAAAGCUCAAGAUGAAGUGAGAAGUUUGAUAAGGAAAAAUGAUUUUGUAAUUGAAGAUGAUAUUCAAGACUUAACUUAUCUUAAAGCUGUGAUAAAAGAAACAUUCAGAUUGCAACCAAUAGCUCCAUUGUUGUUGCCACGAGAAACAAUACGAAAGAGCAACAUAAGUGGAUAUGAAAUACCUGCCAAAACCUUAGUUUAUGUGAAUGCGUGGGCAAUUGGAAGAGAUCCUGAAGCUUGGGAAAAUCCAGAAGAAUUCUAUCCAGAGAGAUUCAUCGGCAGCUCUAUUGACUAUAAAGGACUAGACUUUGAGCUCAUACCUUUUGGUGCCGGAAGAAGGGUUUGUCCCGGAAUACAUAUGGGAGUUGCGACUGUGGAGCUUGCCCUUGCUAAUCUUCUCUACAAAUUUGAUUGGGAAAUGCCGAUCGGGAUGAGUGAAGAUGACUUAGACUUUGAUGUGACAAUUGGUUUGAGUUUACACAAAAAAAAUGCUCUUUGCCUUGUGGCCAACGAGAUCAAUGUUUAAUGCAUGUAAUGUUUUUUUAUUUUGAAAUGCUUAAUGCAUGUAAUUUUAUACAAUUAACUUAGUUUGCUACUAGUUUGUUCUAGUUUGGAGUGUCAACAAUAUUUUAUGUUGUCUAUGUUUAAUAAUAAAUUUAUGUAUUUUUAAUAUCUUUUAA